CUUAUUGUUUCUUUAGCAAUGAGCUGACAAAAUGUGAGUGUGUGGUAAAGAUGUGGUUUAAUUUAUUGUAAGUGUUAUAAUUUAUAACACUUGUUCCUUUGGGGAUUACUAUUAUUUGGGGUGAUUACCCCUGUGACUCUACAGCUUGUAUCGCUUACAUCAGAGCUCCUCUGUUUCUUCAGACAGUGCUGCUUUUUUUAAUUCUAGUGACGUUUGUCGUCUUUUACCCUAAAAAUAGCUUCUAGUGUGUUGGGUCUAUUUCGGUGUUUUGGGCGCCAAGGCGCUGUGAAUGGAUGGGGCCGUGGGGUUGCCAGGUUGCAGAGUGAGGGAGGAACGGCACAAGGAGGGUUAGUUACACAUGGCUGUUCACACUGUUCCUGAGAUCCUGACCCUGCGGCGGGUGGAUCGCCGAGUCCACACGAACCCAGCUCACGCUGUGCCGCAGUGUUUGGAGGAUACACAACCCCCGUUACCGUGGCAACCGCCCGCAUCCGCUUGCUUUGUAUGUGAAGGCCAGCGACAAGGCUCCAAAAGUGGUAAACAGCUCCGGGCCAGGAAUCUGGACAAUUCACUGACGUCAGACCCGCUCCGUCACGUGCAUGCUCAAGUGACACCAGUUAACUUUGCUGUGGAGCUGGGGGUGGUGGGGGGUGUCGGACAGCAAGAAACGAGGGGGGAGACAGGACGAGUGUGAAAGAGCAGAACGAGAGGGCGAGCGCCUCAUAAGUGGCCACAAGAGCCGGGGGAUCUCACAACAGACGCAUCUGACGAGGCUGCGGCCGAAAAGGCGUCUAACACCGACGAAGGCUGCGAACGCUGAGGAUUUAGCUGAAGAACCAUGAUGGAAGUGGUCCUCACCAGGCUGCGGGACUUCUCCUGCAAGACCUCCACCUUCGAGGCAGCCGAGCGAAGCAGCUGCAGGGACCCUCCGGGCAGCAGCGAGCGUGUCACAGGCUCCAGGCUGGACAUUGAGAGUGCGCUGGCCUGGCUGCGCAGGGAGCUGAUGGAGAUGCGUUCCCAGGACCAAGCUCUGGUCCGGCAGCUGAUGGAGCUUCACACCGGCAUCCAGGAGCUGAAGCAGGAGCUGUCUGAGGAGGAGGAGGAGGAGGAGGAGGAGGAGGAGGAGGAAGAGGAGGAGGAGGAGGAGGACGGCAGCUGCUGGGACUCUGAGAGUGAGCGUGGAAGCGGCAGCCUCGGCUCCAGCUCGGGGGACGGAGGCUUCGCCCUCCUGAAAAGGCCGCGGCCCCGGUACUCGGCCGUGCUGUGGAGGAGGACGCUGAGCAGGAGAAGCUCCGCGCCCUGAGAAUUCAACGCACACGCAGGAAAUCAGCUCCUCGGUGAGAGCAGCGGCAGUAACAAGGUGAAGUUAAAGAGGAAUGGACUCGAAACUUCCUGCUGUAGGUUCACGUCCUCGUCCCAGAGAAAGUCGGACUAUUCUGACUAUAUGUUCGUUUAAUUAUAAACUUUUUAGUCUUUGUGAAGAUGCUCCAUCAACUUAUUGUGUAUUAUAACCAAACUAUGUAAGUAGAAAUGAAUAUAUUUUCUAAAAGGUGUUUUUUAAUGGAGUUUAGUUACAUCACUGUCUUCCUGUAAAUAUUUUUAAAUGCCUCUGACUGUGUGUGAUCGACACUGUAAACGUGGUGGAUCGUGUGUUUUGUGUUACUGUUGCGUGGAGGCUCGCUCAUCGUUCUAGAUUUUAUGAAUCGAAAUGAAAAGUGGCCGGCGAAGCAACAUGUUGAUGCAUGCGGUGACGUGUGAGAUAGAAACAAGGCCGCGUUGUUGCAUGUAUUUAUUAGCCACGUGCGCUGCAGCAGUGACACAAACAUGUGCAUCAGCCGAAUAAAGCCACCGACACGA